AUGGACGACGACUUAUUUGGAGUGUUCAGCGAAGCGCCCUCCACCGAGGUGCCGGAAGCCCCGAACGCUGCAACUACCCAAUCCAACAAGCGUCCCCACGAAUCUCUGCCACAACCUGCAACGAAGAAGGCCAAAGUUGCUUCUGAAAACGACGAAGCUUCGCAAGACAAGAAGCGACCAUCGGUGAAAGUUCCCCAAAAGAAGGACAUAAAACCCGUGGCGACCGAUGCGACGGAAUUAACAUCUUCUUAUGAGGUCAAUCAGUCUUUGGGUUUGCUCGAAAAACCUUCCGCUCACGAAGGGGUGAAAGACACUGAUGCUAGUGAAGCGACCGUUAAAAAUAACGACGGUAAGCUUAAGUUACUGCAUCAAGUACGUCACCAGGUUGCUAUCCCCCCUGAUUAUCCUUACAUCCCCAUUUCUGAACACCGUCGCAAAAAUGAUGCCCGGAAAUACCCAUUUACAUUGGAUCCCUUCCAGGAUACAUCCAUUCUGUGCAUUGACCGGAACGAAUCGGUAUUAGUGUCUGCACACACUUCGGCCGGUAAAACUGUGGUUGCUGAGUAUGCCAUUGCUCAGUCAUUAAGGGAAAAGCAACGUGUGAUUUACACUUCACCUAUUAAAGCCCUUUCAAAUCAAAAGUAUCGUGAGUUACGUGCCGAAUUUGGGGAUGUAGGUCUUAUGACCGGUGACGUUACAAUUAACCCGGAAGCAGGAUGUCUUGUGAUGACGACCGAAAUUUUGCGGCUGAUGUUGUACCGCGGGUCAGAGGUUAUGAGAGAAGUCGCCUGGGUAAUUUUUGACGAAGUUCAUUAUAUGCGUGAUAAACUGAGAGGGGUGGUUUGGGAAGAGACUAUUAUUCUUUUGCCGGACAAGGUGCACUAUGUAUUUUUGUCGGCUACUAUUCCCAAUGCCAUGGAGUUUGCUGAAUGGAUUGUGAAGAUUCAUAAUCAACCCUGUCAUGUUGUUUAUACCGACUUCAGACCAACUCCGUUACAGCAUUACUUGUUCCCCGCCAACGCUGACGGUAUUCACUUGGUGGUUGACGAGAAGGGCUCUUUCAGAGAGGAGAACUUCCAAAAGGCUAUGGCGCUGAUCAGUGAUAAUGCUGGUGAUGACCCGGCCUCUGCGAAUCUGCGGGGAAAAUUGGGCCAAACUCAUAAAGGAGGGCGAUUACUGGAUGGCAAAGGCGACAUUUACAAAAUCGUAAAGAUGAUUUACCAAAAACGCUACAACCCGGUGAUUGUGUUUAGUUUCUCGAAGCGCGAGUGCGAAUCAUUGGCUUUAAAAAUGUCCAAGCUCGAUUUCAAUAAUGAUGAAGAGCGUCAAACAUUGACGGAAAUUUUCAAUCGCGCCAUUGAUCUUUUGCCCGAAGAUGACAAGCAGUUGCCGCAAAUCAAAAGCAUUCUUCCUUUGUUGAGAAGAGGUAUCGGUAUCCAUCAUCUGGGUCUUCUUCCAAUUCUCAAGGAGAUUAUCGAAAUCUUGUUCCAAGAGGGUUUGCUUAAAGUGCUUUUUGCCACUGAAACGUUCUCCAUUGGUUUGAAUAUGCCUGCGAAAACUGUGGUGUUCACUUCGGUCCGUAAGUGGGACGGUGUUGGUUUCCGUUGGGUUUCUGGUGGUGAAUACAUUCAAAUGUCAGGGCGCGCUGGGAGACGUGGCCUUGAUGAUCGGGGUAUUGUAAUCAUGAUGAUUGACGAAAAGAUGGAACCACAGGUGGCCAAAGGCAUGGUCAAAGGUCAGGCCGACCGCCUUGACUCUGCCUUUCAUUUGGGCUACAACAUGAUUUUAAAUCUUAUGCGCGUUGAAGGCAUUUCGCCUGAGUUCAUGUUGGAAAACUCUUUCUAUCAAUUCCAAAAUGCGGCUCUGGUUCCCCAGUUGGAACUGCAGAAACAAUCGUUGCAAAAUGAGAUUUCGGAAAUUGUUGUUGAGGAUGAAUCGCAAAUCAAGGACUACUAUGAUUUGAAGCAUCAACUCCAAAAGUAUGAGAAUGAAGUGCGGGAAAUUGUGACGCAUCCUGGUCACAUUUUACCCUUCAUGGUGCCAGGUAGACUUGUAAGAGUCAAAAUACCCCAGAAGACCGCUAAUUCGUACCAUGACUAUGGUUGGGGUGUAGUCCUGGGCUUCUCCAAACGUGGUAAACCUGUCCGGGGCGCGCCUGCCUACUCCCCGCAUGAUUCAUACGUGGUAAAUGUUUUUGUCACUACGAUGUUCAAAGAUUCGCCCGUCAAUUUGAUUAAACCUAACAACCCUCAACUUCCUGAAGGUAUCCGUCCAGCUGCUGGUUCAGAGCAGCUGCGGGGUGAGUUUAUUCCGGUAACCUUAAGCUCCAUUUGGCAGGUUUCAUCGGCCAAAUUGAGGGCUCCAAAGGAUAUGACGCUGUCAUCGACGAAGAAGCUCCUUGUGAAAACUUUGAAAAACGCCCUUCAACAAAUGAAAGCCGGUGUCCCAGAUUUAGAUCCAGUAUCAAGUAUUAAGAUCGAAGAUCCUGAGUUUUCAACUCUUCUUCGCAAAUGUCAAAUUCUCAAGGAGAAGAUGAACAACAAUCCGUUGGCUGGAACCGCAAAACUCGCUGCCAAUUACCCCACUUACGAAAGAAAAGUUGCGUUGGAGAAUGAGAUACUGACGAUUUCCAAAAAAAUCAGCGAAACACAGGCAGUUAUUCAAUUAGAGGAUCUCAAAAAUCGCCGCCGGGUCUUACGUCGUCUUGAAUUUACUACUGCCGACGACAUCAUCGAGCUUAAGGGUCGGGUUGCCUGUGAAAUUUCCCUGGGUGAUGAGUUGGUCUUAACUGAGCUCAUUUUCAACGGUACUUUCACCGACUUGACUUCCGAACAAUGUGCAGCCUUGUUGUCUUGUUUUGUGUUUCAAGAAAAGGCCAACGAAGUUCCUAAGCUCACUCCUGAGUUAGCAGAACCGUUCAAGAAUUUAACCGAAAUGGCGGCAAAGGUGGCAAAGGUGUAUCGUGAAGCGAAAAUUGAUAUCGUGGAGCAAGAUUAUGUUGAUACAUUCCGUCCAGAAUUGAUGGAAGUGACGUAUGCGUGGUGCAAGGGAGCCAAGUUUGCGCAGCUUUGCAAGAUGACUGAUGUGUAUGAAGGUUCGUUGAUCAGAACAUUCAAGCGGUUGGAGGAAUUGAUUCGUCAAAUCGUGGAUGCUGCUAAAACCAUCGGGAACAAUGAGUUGCAGCAGAAGAUGGAAAAAGCAGGUGAGAUGGUUCAUAGAGACCUCGUAGCGGCUGCAUCGUUGUAUUUGGACUAG